GCUGAUAUUUCGAGAAUUGUUUGCAGAGAGAAGAAUAUUGAUGAAGUGUUGCAAACUCAAACGGUGUUUUCGAAUGUGUCAAAAGGACAAGUAGCAAAGAAGGACGAAUUGGCAGCAGCUUUUGGCACCGAAGAUCAAUUAGAGAUCUGUAAAAUUAUCCUAGAGAAGGGAGACUUACAAGUAUCCGAUAAGGAACGUCAGGCGCAAACGGAUCAAACGUAUAAAGAGGUAUCGCAGCUGAUUGCGGAAAUGGUAGUGAAUCCGGACACGAAACGUCCUAUUCCCACGUCUGUGAUCGAUAAAGCGCUUCAUGAACUCCAUUUCUCACUGAAGCCUAACAGAAGUGCAAAGCAGCAAGCAUUGGAGGCGAUUCCUAUGCUCCGUGAAGCUAUUCGCUUGGAGCGUGCAAAAAUGAGGAUACGCAUAGCGAUGCCAUCGCAUGAAGCUAAAAUCACGCAUUCGCGCCUGAAAGCCCUGUUCUCAGAACUGGAGCUAGAGGACUGGGCCGAGGGAGGACUCGAAAUGGUUGGAUUAAUUGAGCCGGGCAGUUUCCGAGCGACAGAUGAAUUGGUUCGCAACGAAAGCAAAGGUCAUGGAAGACUGGAGAUUCUAAGCUUGAAGGAAGUGCGUGAAGGAGAGGUGGAAAUUUCCUGA